AUGCCUUUCCCGAUGAAGAUUCAACCAAUCGAUUUCAACGCACCAGAAGCAUCGACUUGCUAUGAAUCAGUCAAACCAGUCUUAAAGUCGCGAUUCAAGCGACUUUUUGAGCGGCAAUUCCAGAAUUUUCUAAGGAUAUCGGCGCCGGAGAAACCUCUGGUCGGCAAUGAAGAGGAGCAUUGCAACAAAGAUGGUUCAGAGAAGUUCGGUCCCAGCUCCGUUUGUCUGGCCAAAAUGGUUCAGAAUUUCAUUGAAGAGAGCAACGAAAAACAAUCCGUUGAAGUAAGGUGUGGUCGGAAGCGAUGCAAUUGCUUCACCGGGAAUAGCAUGGACAGUUCAGAGGACGAAUUUGACUCCACCAAUUGUUUCGGUGAAUCGAACCACACCUCAUUUGGUGAUACACGUGAAAUUCUCAAGAGUUUGGUGCCUUGUGCUACUGUUACCGAAAGAAAUCUGUUGGCAGACAUUGCGAAAAUCGUUGAGAGAAACAAGGUUUGUAAGCGUAAGGACGAUUUUUCUAGAAAGAUCGUUACAGAUGGUCUAUUAGCUUCCGGAUACGACUCUUCAAUUUGCAAAUCCCGAUGGGAUAAAUCCCCCCUUUAUCCCGCCGGGGCAUAUGACUAUGUGGAUGUGAUUAUAGAGGGCGAGAGGUUGAUAGUGGACAUUGAUUUCAGAUCAGAGUUUGAAAUUGCACGAUCAACCAAAACCUACAAAGCAAUCCUCCAAACUCUGCCUCAGAUUUUCGUCGGCAAAGCUGAUCGUCUUCAGAAGAUCAUAUGUAUCGUAUCGGAGGCAGCGAAACAGAGCCUGCAGAAGAAGGGAAUUCACGUCCCUCCUUGGCGAAAAGCUGAGUACGUCAAAGCCAAAUGGCUGUCUCCCUGUACUCGAAUCACACCAGAACCAACUCUUGCACCCACAUCUGAGAACACUCCCCACGAAACUGACAUCAAAUCUGAAAAGGAAGAGGCUUUGACGCGUAAGAAAAGCUCCUGCGGCGAUUUUGUGCUGAUCUUUGGAGAGAAGAGCUCUCCGGCUGAGACUGAUAAUGGUGAAGCUGUUUUUACUUUGUCAGAUAGCUCUGUUGAGGAAGACAAUCCGGUGGUGGUGAAGCAAUGGGAGCCUCCUGAGAUUAAACCCAGGUCUUCUUCACAAAUUAGAGUCAAGAUGGUCACUGGUUUAGCUUCUGUUAUAGAAGACAACCCAUAA